CCUCCUCUUCCUCCUCCUCCUCCUCCUCCUCCUCCAGGUGAGGCGAAGAACAUCCCUCCGUACCCAGGUCCCAACAGGAUGAGAGACUGUUACUGUACUGUCAACCUGGAUCAGGAGGAGGUCUUCAGAACCAAGAUCAUCGAGAAGUCUCUGUGCCCCUUCUAUGGAGAGGACUUUUAUUGUGAAAUCCCCCGUAGUUUCCGCCAUCUGUCCUUCUACAUCUUCGACAGAGACGUGUUCAGGAGAGACUCCAGCAUCGGUAAGGUAGCAGUGAAGAAAGAAGACCUCCAGAGGUAUCAUGGUAAAGACACCUGGUUCCCUCUGAGACACGUCAGCGCAGACUCAGAGGUUCAGGGAAAGGUCCACAUAGAGCUGCGUCUCAGUGAGGUCAUCACAGACAGCGGAGUCGUCUGUCAUAAACUGGCCACACGUGUGUUGGAGUGCCAGGGCCUGCCCAUCGUGAAUGGACAGUGUGAUCCGUACGCCGCGGUGUCCCUGCUGGGCCCAUCCAGAUCAGAAGCUAAGAAGACCAAGGUGAAAAGGAAAACCAACAACCCCCAGUUUGAUGAGACAUUCUAUUUUGAGGUGAGGUGAGAGGAGGUUGGUGCUAUCUGUCUACUUUGAGGUGAG